AUGUCUGUUAGGACAGCUCCAAUUGAAACGAUCGUUGUAGACUCUGUGUCUCUCCUUUCGUCGGUUUUAGAUGAUCUAUCUGAUCUCCCGAAUACGCCUCCUCCGCUGUAUAUCGAUCUAGAAGGUGUUAACCUGGGUCGUCACGGUUCUAUAUCCAUCCUUUCGAUAUACGCCCUACCCAACCGAAAAGUCUACCUCAUCGACGUUCAUAAACUAGGAAACGAGGCCUUCUCAACCACAAGCACCCGAGGAAAAUCUCUCAAAUAUAUCCUCGAAUCUCCAGCUAUUCUAAAAGGGAUAUUUGAUGUUCGAAAUGAUUCCGAUGCCAUGUACAGCCACUAUGGAAUAUCCGUUGACGGCAUUCGAGACAUUCAGCUCAUGGAACUUGGCACCAGAACAGGCUCGAAAGAGUUCAUCGCCGGCUUAGCCAAGUGUGUUGAGCGAGAAAGCCCUAUCUCCGGGCCUGAAAAGGCGAUAUGGAAGCAUACUAAAGAGAGCGUCCGCCGACUCUACGACCCCAAGGUCGGGGGUCGAUAUGAGGUAUUCAAUGAGCGACCUUUCAAGCCCGAGAUCAUAAAGUAUUGCGCACAAGAUGUUACUUUGCUGCCAGGGCUAUAUGCAAAAUACCACGCCAAGCUAUGCCGGCCUGGAGAGGGAUUUUGGGAGAGUGAAGUACUGAUCGCAACCAAAAAGCGAAUCGAGCUUUCGCAGAGCCCAAAUUAUAAUGGACACACGAGGGAAAAUGCUCGCGGGCCUUGGAGUAGAGAUUAUAUCGCGCAGGCUAUUGACGAAUGGAACAUGGAUAUCGUUGAGGCCGUUGCAUGGUGA